GCCAGCGGCGCGCCCUGCCUCGAGCUGCCCACGCCGAAGGCCGGCGCGCGGGUGCACUUCGGCGGCCUGGAGCUGCUGUCGCCCAUGCACUGCUCGCAGGAUGGCUCCCCGAUGGCGGCGUCCACCGCGCCGGCGUCGCCGUGGUCCCCCGUCACGCCGAUGGUCGCAUCCUCAGGCUCUUCCGCUUUUUUCCCGAGCAGUGCUGGCGCCGGCCGCCUCUGCUCCGGGGCCGCGCAGGGUGCGAGCGCCACCUUCCAGGGCCUGGACGUGGCGCCCUCGCCGACGAUGUCCCCCGGGGCGGUCAUCCGCCGCAACGCGGACCGCCUGGGCAUCCCGCUGAACCUCCAGGUGCAGGGCAUCCUCGCGCCGAUCCCCGUGGGGGGCAGCACCGGGCGCUGCGGCGACGAGGAGCCUCAUGUCAUCCGCCUGGAAGCUGAGCUGGCUGGCGCACCGGCGGCCAAGCACCCAGCUCGGGCAAGCCGUGCGACUUCGGACAGGGACGACAACAGCUUCCGCUUGUUGAUUUGCACCGCCAAGCUGGGCAUCAAGAGCGCGACCGACCUCCGCAUGGUGAGCGCUAUCGUGUACCGCGCAGCCAAGGUCAAGUCUGAUACCCCCAUCAAGACCAAGGGCGUCACCGGCCACAAAGAGGGGCCUCCCGACGUGGUUGCCAUGGUGACGUUUCUCCUCGAUCUGGAGCAGACGUUGGAGCCGACUGACCCCAAGGCCACUUUGCUCAACGAGUUUUCCACGAACCAUCCGCCGACGAGCGACAUCCUCGCUAAGCGCAUGUUGUGUUUCAAGGUGCAGGACGCCUGGGACCGGAAUAUGUGCAAGUUGUACAUCCGCCUCCACAAAGAUAUCGAGAACAUCGGCAAAAUCAGUAUGGACCACCUCAUCGCGACGGGCGGCACGGAGGUUUACGGGAGCGCCCCGCGCGGCUCCCUCGAGCGCCAGAUUGCUGAUCUCAUGAUGGGCCUUGGUAUGCCCGCGAGGAGCUCAUGUGAUUCGGGGCCAGAAUGUCUGUCGAAGGGUUGCGGGUAA